GGGGGAGGAGCCGUUUUUUUCUUUCUCCAGAAGCUUCUUCUUCCUUUUGCCGGUACGCAGCGCAGUUUGUCCGCCGCCAAGAUGAUGGGCCGCCCGGUGCUAGUGCUCAGUCAGAACGUCAGGAGAGAGUCCGGAAGAAAGGUCCAGUCUGGGAACAUUAAUGCUGCCAAGACUAUUGCAGACAUCAUCCGGACAUGCUUGGGACCAAGAGCCAUGAUGAAGAUGCUGUUGGAUCCGAUGGGUGGGAUUGUUAUGACCAAUGAUGGCAAUGCUAUUCUACGAGAGAUCCAGGUGCAGCACCCGGCAGCCAAAUCCAUGAUUGAGAUCAGCCGAACCCAAGAUGAGGAGGUUGGAGAUGGGACCACAUCUGUCAUCAUUCUGGCCGGUGAAAUGCUGUCUGUCGCUGAGCAAUUUUUAGAGCAGCAAAUGCAUCCGACUGUGAUAAUCAGCGCCUACCGCAAGGCUUUGGAUGAUAUGAUAAAUCAUCUUAAUGAGUUAAGCACACCGGUUGAUGUUAAUAACAGGGAGCUGAUGCUGAAAAUCAUUAACAGUGCUGUCACCACUAAGGCGAUCAAGCUCUGGGCAGACUUGGCCUGUAAUAUUGCUCUGGAUGCCGUGAAAACUGUGGAGUUUGAGGAGAAUGGCAAAACGGAGUUUGACAUCAAAAAAUAUGCUAAAGUAGAAAAGAUACCUGGAGGGAUCAUUGAAGACUCCCAAGUUCUGCGAGGUGUCAUGGUGAACAAGGACGUCACUCACCCAAAAAUGCGUCGGUAUAUCAAGAACCCACGUAUCGUUCUCCUUGACUGCUCGUUGGAGUACAAGAAAGGGGAGAGCCAGACUGAAAUUGAGAUUACACGCGAAGAGGACUUCAAUAGACUUCUGCAGAUGGAAGAGGAGUACAUCCAGCAGGUCUGUGAAGACAUCAUCCGCCUCAAGCCAGACCUUGUUAUUACCGAGAAGGGAAUCUCUGAUCUGGCUCAGCAUUACCUGGUAAAAGCCAACAUAACAGCCAUUCGCAGAGUACGCAAGACGGACAACAACAGAAUAGCCAGAGCCUGCGGUGCCCGUAUUGCCAGCCGCACAGACGAACUUAAGGAGGAAGAUGUGGGGACUGGAUCUGGACUAUUUGAAAUCAAAAAGAUAGGCGAUGAGUAUUUUGCUUUCGUAACAGAGUGCAAAGAACCAAAAGCAUGCACCAUUGUUCUCCGAGGAGCCAGCAAAGAGAUUCUUGCGGAAGUGGAACGCAAUCUUCAGGAUGCCAUGCAAGUCUGCCGCAAUGUGAUGAUCAGUCCCUACCUGGUGCCAGGAGGAGGAGCCACUGAGAUGAGUGUGGCACACAGCCUUACCGAGAAAUCCAAGGGCAUGACUGGGGUGGAGCAGUGGCCAUACCGCGCAGUGGCUAACGCACUCGAAGUCAUUCCAAGGACGCUAAUACAGAACUGCGGAGCUAGCACUAUUCGUCUGUUAACAUCUCUCAGAGCAAAGCAUACUCAGGAGGGAUGUCAAAGCUGGGGUGUAGAUGGCGAGGCUGGUGUAAUUGUGGACAUGAAGGAAUUGGGAAUUUGGGAACCAAUGGCUGUUAAAUUGCAAACUUACAAAACUGCUGUAGAGACUGCUAUUCUGCUGCUGCGUAUAGAUGACAUAGUGUCCGGCCAGAAGAAGAAGGGAGAAGACCAGGGCCGACCUGCCCCAGAAGCACCUCAGCAUGAAUGAAGACCAUAAGAAGACUAGAUGGUAUUGUCUGGAUGUCCCAUCUGAAAUGGCACUUGUUACAGCUCUCCCUGAAGCUGUUCGAGAAUACUCGGUCCUCUUCCAUUAUACUGUGACCUGGCGGGGGAAACGUUUUGUAUUUAUUUCUGUAUGAGAUAAGGGUCAUAGAGAAGUGUGUAGAAUGAGAUUACCUGUAACGUCACUUGGCGCAAAAAUAAAAA